GAGGCUGCUGUUUGAAAUUCUCUGAAACUGAUGGCUUCAUGACGGAAAUAAAUAUGGCGGAUGUCAGAAAGCGGUCCACAGUGCUGUGACUGUUUAAAACCUUUCCAGCCCAUAGACAUAAGAGCCACGUGGGCGGGGCUAAUAAUCACACGAACACAAUGGUCGUCACAAACACACCCUUUGCUCUUAUGGAAGUUAUAUUUAGUUUUUAAGCCGUUUUCCUCCUCUUGGGUUUUAAUAUUACUUUGCUGGAGGGGGUUAACGCUGCUGCUCACAAUGCCAGCAUUCUGGGAACUUUUCUUCACCGCGGUGAAGAAGACUGCGAAACGCCUUUGGGAGGGAAAUAACGGUACACGGCGUUAGCUGACGCUUAGCUUCUCGGCAACAGGUCGCCCGGUGGACGGCUAACGGAGAGGGGGAGAGGCUCAGUCAUGGAGCGCGAAACUUUUUCAAAAUACUCCUGGAUCGACUUCGUCUUCUCCGUGAUCGGGGUGUUUACUUUCCUCGCAGACUGGGGCUCCGAUGUUUGGGUGGCCACCGAGUUUUACUGCCGAGGACACUUCUUCUGGUUCGGAGUGCUGAUCGGCCUCAUGGUCCUGUCGUCCGUGGUGGUCCAGAUGUUCAGCUGGUUCUGGCUCACGUACGACCGAGAGCUGCCGGGCUUCAGCGCACAGACCGGAGCGGAAACCGUGCUCUUCGGGGACCGAGUGAAGCUGUCUUUCCUGCUGCAUGUGCUGCAGCUGGGCUUCCUCUGCAGGCACAUCUCCGCCAUACGCCAGGGCUUCAAGGUCUGGUGGCGGAAAGAGGAAGGGUCCGAGUACGCCGUUUACCUGACACAUGACCUCAGCCUGCUCCGUCUUAUCGAGACCUUUUGCGAGAGCGCCCCUCAGCUCACCCUGAUGAUCUACGUCAUGCUGCGCACCAACAAGGCCAGGACCGUUCAGUUUGUGAGUGUUGCUGCUUCAACCACCUCCAUAGCCUGGAUGGUGGUGGAUUACCACCGCUCCCUGCGCUCCUUCCUCAUACACAAAGACAAGCAGGGAUGGGGGUCCUCCUUAAUCUACUUCCUGUGGAAUCUGCUGCUAAUCGCCCCGCGCGUGGCUGCCCUCGCCCUCUUCUCCUCUGCUCUUCCCGGGUACAUCGCCGCCCACUUUCUGAUGCUGUGGUCAGUCUUUGUGGUGUGGGCGUGGCAACAGAGGACGGACUUUAUGGACAGCGUGGGCGGGGAGUGGCUGUACCGAGCCACCGUGGGGCUCAUCUGGUACUUCAGCUGGUUUAACGUGGCUGAGGGUCGGACCCGUGGGAGGAGCUUAAUCUAUCAUUCCUUCAUGACCACAGAUGGGGUGAUCCUGCUGGUGACCUGGUGGUGCUACAGAGACCUGGUCCAGACAGAGACAUAUGCACUCGCCCUGCUGAUCGCUCUACCUCUCAGUUACCUCCUGGGGCUGCUUUUAAAAACCCUCUACUACUGCUGCUUCCACCCCAAACUGCUGAGGCCCCCGGCGAGGGAGCCCGGUUUGCCCGAUGAUCUGCCUGACUCAGAGGUGUCCUUUAAGGACUUUUCCAUCCAGGACGGCGCUCCGUCCUCCAGACUUGCCAACAAACGCAUGGCCUGCCACGCCACUAAUUUUUACACAGAACAAAGAGUCCUCAUAAACCCUCAUGACACAAAUUGAGCCGAGUCUGAUGUUUUUUACUGAAUGAAGCAUCUGUCUCUGCAGUCUCUGUUUCUCCUGUUUGUGCUGCAGCUUUGCUGCAGGCUCGGUGCACUAAAAUUGUUUUCACACAUGCACUAAAGCCCUGAAGUCUUCCCAACACAAGUGCACUUAAGGACAUAAAUGACUGACACAUUAAGAUGAGACAUUAGGUGGUCUCUAACCUGCAGCUCCUCAGCCCAGUGUCCACAUAGGAGAGUGUCACCUCCCCUAAACCACACAUGUAUUUUUGUGAACACGUCUGGAGGGAAUUAUUUCCUGCAGUGUGCCACAUGUUAGAAAAGGAAGUUCAUGUAUGAAAAUAGCUUCAGGGUGCAGAUUCAAAAGCAGUGCAUGAAACAAAGAAUUUGGAAUAAUAACCUAGAUUUCUAACUAAAGCAGCAAAGAAAGGACCUCAUAAGCACUCUUAAGUCCAGCGUUUACAUAAAGGAGCCCAGCUUGUUAACGCCAACACUGCCACAGUCGCCUCUUACAUCCACAAAUGCUGUACUACAACUAUACACACGCCAGUCAGCCACAACACUAAAACCUGUCGGGAUGUUUGGUGGUAGGUGGUGCUGAGAUGCUCUCAGUAAAUCCACGUGAUCUGCCAAAGGUUUUAAUGUUGGGACUGCAUGAGGGAAACACACACAGUGAGGCUGGAGUCGUUUGAUAAGCUCAUUUCUAAACUAAAACCUCGUACGCUGUAUUUUAUUAUUGUGGACUGUGAGUAGCUUAAAUGUUCAACAGUUUUGUGUCACAGUUCGGUGUUUGGAUUUCUAGAACUAGAAAUUUGAAGGAACUAAGAACUUUUUGUAACAAACUAUAAAUGGUUUAAUGCAGAUACUUGAUUGAUGUAUAGAAUAACAACAGUUAAAUUUUUGAACAUUUUCUAAUAUUUUUGAGAAUAUUUAAACACAGGACUUCUGAAUAUUCCCCCUUAACUUCAAAUACAUUUCUGAGAAUGAAAGAUUGUAUUUCUGAGGCUUUAAAUGAACUGUUGUAUUUUUGGGGUCUUGUUAGAGUUGCUGCUGGAACCUUUUUGAAUGUAAAUUUGAUUGUAAUUUCUGUGUGAUGUUAAUGAGCUGACCGGCUGUUUGAGGUCCGCUCGAUGGUCGUGUUGCAGAGUGAGUUCAGGUAACGCGCUGAUUAAUCACAGUCAUGAAUGUUUUAUAAAUUUCUCUGUGUUACUUUCACGCAUCCAUCCAUUCUUUGUUCAGCUUCCUCAAAUGUUUCAGGUCCCAAAAAUCAUUGUUUGCUCUAGUUUCAGUUCAGAGGUAGGAGCACACCUUUCUCUCUGCUUUGUGGGUAAAACUGGCCUAAAUGUAAAAAAAAAAUCAACAUUAUUUACAGUAUAGGAGGUGUGUUAAAGUUCUUUCCUGUCAGAAAAUAUUGUUAGGAAGUGUUUGGAUCUGCUUUUCUGGGAUGCUGUCAGCUGAUGUGACAAGUUAAGGUGACGACUUCUCAUUAAACCUUUACCUCAUCUGUCCUGUGCAGGUAUUAAAGUCUAU